AUGUUAGAGGACUUUGUAGCCGCUCCUUCCGGCUCAAGUGCAAAGACAAUAUGCGGUCGCAUACAUGAAGAGAGGCCCGAUCAAACCAACAUGGCGGCAACUAUUCGGAAGGAAACAUCUUGGAGACGACGUUGGAAACCAGAUAUAAACUCUCAAGCGUGGAAGCCAUUCAUCAUUUCACGCAAAGUAUUUCUAGUAAAAACAAUGUUUGUCGAGACGGAAUGUUGUUAUGAAUUCUGCUUGUGGGAUUUCAGUACUAUGUGGUACGAAAAGGUUGAGCAGGACAACUUCAGAAUUAGGGCAAAGGUAUGAAAUUGUGUUUUCUGAUGUCAUUUUCUUGACAGCGUGUGUCUUUCUUUAUGUCAUUGGGGUAAAUGGAUGUCAACACUACAUAUGAUUCUGCCCAAUGUCUAUGAUAUUCGUUAAAUAAUUUUUAUUAUUUUUAAAGAUCAAGCUUCCCAGUUCAUUACUGUGAAACCUCCCGUCCGUAAGAGACCACGGGCCACCCAAAUGCCCAGAUUUUAAUAGUGGUCAAUUUCGAAAAAAGAGAAAAGGACCAGAAAAUGAUGUCAUGACUACCUGUUUUAAUGUCUGUGCUUCUAGUUUUAAAUGGUAUUCACCAAUCAUAGAAAUCUGAAUGGAAGACAAGGCGUCAAGUGUUAAGGCUCUACUGCAUGAUCGCCAAGGGCUCUUUCCAUUCAACCCAAAAUUCCGGAAAUUUCGGUUGUUACAUCAAAUGUAAGGGUUCAUUUUGAUUUGGUCCGACCAGAAUUUUUGGAACCAGCUUUGAAGGUGGUCCACUUUGACUGGUCUGGUCAUUUUGGCCUGACCGAAAUGUCCCUUUCCAUUCGACAAAAUUGUUGUUCUCAGUUGCACUCUUUUAUAUCCUGCUUACAAGAACAAUAACCAAAUGCGCAGUGGCUUGGGUCGGGUCUGUGCAAACAGAAUGUACCAUGCCAUUGGGUAUGUGAAUGUCCAAAGUUUCAAACUGGAAUUUUUGUUGAAUGGAAAGCACCCCAAAUCCUCCCUUUGCAGCAAAAUCUUCAAUUCCACAAUUCUGUAUAACUAUCUUUUGCAAUUCUCUCAAUCUGAAUAAAGUUCAAGUUCAACUUUAGGCUUCAUUUCCGCAGCUUUCUCUGUCCUCCCCGAGAAGAAUUGGCUGGACGCAUGAGUGGCCUAUUGUGUCUGUGACAUAAAUUCAAAAUUUAAUUUAUGCAUCAUUAGGAAACAUCAGAAAUUGGAAAUGUCAUUAAAUACUGAACACAUGUUGUGCCUCGCCUUGUCUUUGCUUUGGUAUUUGCCAUAAAAAUUAGCAGAAACACUUGCAUUGAUCUUGCAUUACUGAUGGACUUGACAGUCGUCUCUUUCACAUUAGCUGUCAACAACCAUCAUUGCAGACUGGAUAAUAAUUAUUAUUGAUCCAGUUCUGGUCGGUUGAAUUUCAAAAAUAUAUCUGCUAUUUGCCUGCUUCUCUAAGCUAAUACUUUUGAUUGUAAAUAUUUGAGGUUUUAAGCUUAAAACGCCCUAAAACAUGAUCGCACGCUACAUCAAACAACACCUUUGCAUCUGCUGUUUGAAAUCUGCUCCAGGAAAAUAAAUUUAUUGCCUGCUCAAAUCAAGCAGGCAACAAUCUGAUUGGUGGUAAUUGACAAUAGCAAACUCAUGCGUCCAGCUGUCUGUUCGGGGGAGGAGUGUGGGCUCUUUUCCCAAACAGCAGCUGGUAAUCAAGCCUAGUCAAAGUUAAGUUUACAAUUUUUCAUGUGUAUGACUGCAUUAUAUUUUAUUUGUAGCUGGAAAGUAUUUUCAGUCACUGUAGUGCUUUUUCCGGUUACAACACCUCUUAAAUUGGACUCUAUUUUAAUCUAUGUCAUGGGCAAAUAUGUUCAUAUAUCAUUCCCAUGACAACAAACUGCUAAAAUAACCAGAACAGUUAACUGGAUUGUGGCGUGGCAUCAUUGGAUGUGGUGGCAAAAAAUUAAAAACCUGAUAUGUUCUUAUGUGUCCACUGAGGUCUACUGGUACAGAAAAUUACUUCUUUUAUUAAAAAAAGAAUAUGCCCAUUUUAACAAUUGUGUCAAAUAAUUUAGUUGAAAAUCGUGAAAGGAGAGAAACCCAUUCCCAUUUUUAUUGUUUAUCCCUUUCACUGUGGUUAAAUCCCAGUCCCAGUGCAGUAAAUCCCAUUUUCUCAGUACAUAAAAAGGCAAAUCCCAAUUCCCAUUUUACCCUUUCACAAUCCUAUCUGGUAGAUUGAUGUAAGUGGGGAUUUUUUGCAGUAUUCAAAACUAAUGUUUCUAUUUUUCGUGUUAUAUCAUUUAAUGCUCUCUGGAAAUUUUUAUGGCUCAGAAAUUCGACAUGGGAUUUCUUUGGUGUUAAUUUUUGUUUCAGGUAUUUUUUUGGGUUUUGUUGGAAGCUCUGGGGAUUUUUUUGGGUUUUGAUUUUUGCCUUCAUUCGAUCAUCCCUGUCACUUGAAAUCCGAAGUACCCUCCCUUGGCUCAUGAGAAGAAUGGGUGAAAAUCCCUUAUUGAUCCCCAGGAAAAGGCACUCCCUUGGAAGGCAAACCUGUGAAAUAUGAACAUGCUAUUGUACAAAAUUGUAUUAAAGGCUCAUAAAAGCUGUGUUUAUUUCACCAUAAUUUUUAACAAAAGGAAAAAAUAACAAGUUGUUUAUUUCUCUAUUUAAUAGUAGGCCACUGAUAAUCCCUCCAAACUGCUCUUUCUUACUUGUGCAUCUCAUAUUUCAAAUCUCCAUGUCCUGUAUAUUAAAAUCCUGUGUCCCAUAUUUCACAUCUCCACGUCUGCAUAUUAAAAUCCUGUGUCCCAUACUUCACAUCUCUAUGUCCUGCAUAUUAAAAUCCUGUGUCCCAUAUUUCACAUCUCCAUGUCCUGCAUAUUAAAAUCCUGUGUCCCAUAUUUCACAUCGCCAUGUCCGCAUAUUAAAAUCCUGUGUCCCAUAUUUCACAUCUCCACGUCUGCAUAUUAAAAUCCUGUGUCCCAUAUUUCACAUCUCUAUGUCCUGCAUAUUAAAAUCCUGUGUCCCAUAUUUCACAUCUCCAUGUCGUGCAUAUUAAAAUCCUGUGUCCCAUAUUUCACAUCUCCAUGUCGUGCACAUUAAAAUCCUGUGUCCCAUAUUUCACAUCUCCAUGUCCGCAUAUUAAAAUCCUGUGUCCCAUAUUUCACAUCUCCAUGUCUGCAUAUUAACAUCCUGCGUCCCAUAUUUCACAUCGUCAUGUCCGCAUAUUAAAAUCCUGCGUCCCAUAUUUCACAUCUCCAUGUCCUGCAUAUUAAAAUCCUGUGUCCCAUAUUUCACAUCUCCAUGUCCUGCAUAUUAAAAUCCUGUGUCCCAUAUUUCACAUCUCCAUGUCCUCAUAUUAAAAUCCUGUGUCCCAUAUUUCACAUCUCCUUGUCCUGCAUAUUAAAAUCCUGUGUCCCAUAUUUCACAUCUCUAUGUCCUGCAUAUUAACAUCCUGUGUCCCAUAUUUCACAUCUCCAUGUCGUGCACAUUAAAAUCCUGUGUCCCAUAUUUCACAUCUCCAUGUCGUGCAUAUUAAAAUCCUGUGUCCCAUAUUUCACAUCUCCUUGUCCUGCAUAUUAAAAUCCUGUGUCCCAUAUUUCAAAUCUCCAUGUCCUGCAUAUUAAAAUCCUGUGUCCCAUAUUUCACAUCUCCAUGUCCUCAUAUUAAAAUCCUGUGUCCCAUAUUUCACAUCUCCAUGUCCUCAUAUUAAAAUCCUGUGUCCCAUAUUUCACAUCUCCAUGUCCUCAUAUUAAAAUCCUGUGUCCCAUAUUUCACAUCUCCAUGUCCUCAUAUUAAAAUCCUGUGUCCCAUAUUUCACAUCUCCAUGUCCUGCAUAUUAAAAUCCUGUGUCCCAUAUUUCACAUCUCCAUGUCCUCAUAUUAAAAUCCUGUGUCCCAUAUUUCACAUCUCCAUGUCUGCAUAUUAACAUCCUGCGUCCCAUAUUCCAAAUAUUAAAAAAAUAUUUCACAUCUCCAUGUCCCAUAUUAUUUCACAUCUCCAUGUCCUGCAUAUUAAAAUCCUGUGUCCCAUAACAUCUCCAUGUCCCAUAUUAAAAUCCUGUGUCCCAUAUUUCACAUCUCCAUGUCCUGCAUAUUAAAAUCCUGUGUCCCAUAUUUCACAUCUCUAUGUCCUAUAUUAACAUCCUGUGUCCCAUAUUUCACAUCUCCAUUCCCAUAUUUCACAUCUCCAUGUCCUGCAUAUUAAAAUCCUGUGUCCCAUAUUUCACAUCCCAUGUCGUGCAUAUUAAAAUCCUGUGUCCCAUAUGUCCCAUAUUUCUGCAUAUUAAAAUCCAUCUCCAUGUCCUGCAUAUUAAAAUCCAUAUUUAAUUAAAAUCCUGUGUCCCAUAUUUCACAUCUCCAUGUCCUGCAUAUUCAAAAAAUCCUGUGUCCCAUAUUUCACAUCUCCAUGUCCCAUAUUUCACAUCUCCAUGUCCUGCAUAUUAAAAUCCUGUGUCCCAUAUUUCACAUCUCCAUGUCGUGCAUAUUAAAAUCCUGUGUCCCAUAUUUCACAUCUCCUUGUCCUGCAUAUUAAAAUCCUGUGUCCCAUAUUUCACAUCUCCAUGUCCUGCAUAUUAAAAUCCUGUGUCCCAUAUUUCACAUCUCCAUGUCCUCAUAUUAAAAUCCUGUGUCCCAUAUUUCACAUCUCCAUGUCCUCAUAUUAAAAUCCUGUGUCCCAUAUUUCACAUCUCCAUGUCCUGCAUAUUAACAUCCUGUGUCCCAUAUUUCACAUCUCCAUGACGUGCACAUUAAAAUCCUGUGUCCCAUAUUUCACAUCUCCAUGUCCUCAUAUUAAAAUCCUGUGUCCCAUAUUUCACAUCUCCUUGUCCUGCAUAUUAAAAUCCUGUGUCCCAUAUUUCACAUCUCCAUGUCCUGCAUAUUAAAAUCCUGUGUCCCAUAUUUCACAUCUCCUUGUCCUGCAUAUUAAAAUCCUGUGUCCCAUAUUUCACAUCUCCAUGUCCUACAUAUUAAAAUCCUGUGUCCCAUAUUUCACGUCUCCAUGUCCGCGUAUUAAAAUCCUGUGUCCCAUAUUUCACAUCUCCAUGUCCUGCAUAUUAAAAUCCUGUGUCCCAUAUUUCACAUCUCCAUGUCCUCAUAUUAAAAUCCUGUGUCGCAUAUUUCACAUCUCCAUGUCCUGCAUAUUAAAAUCCUGUGUCCCAUAUUUCACAUCUCCAUGUCCUCAUCUUAAAAUCCUGUGUCCCAUAUUUCACAUCUCCAUGUCGUGCAUAUUAAAAUCCUGUGUCCCAUAUUUCACAUCUCCAUGUCCUGCAUAUUAAAAUCCUGUGUCCCAUAUUUCACAUCUCCAUGUCCUCAUAUUAAAAUCCUGUGUCCCAUAUUUCACAUCUCCAUGUCCUCAUAUUAAAAUCCUGUGUCCCAUAUUUCACAUCUCCAUGUCGUGCAUAUUAAAAUCCUGUGUCCCACAUUUCACAUCUCCAUGUCCUGCAUAUUAAAAUGCUGUGUCCCAUAGUUCACAUCUCCACCCUCCUCCUCAGGCUCUUCGUUGCCCCUCUUCGUUUUUGGCAAGGUAGAGGCGAGUGACUGGUGAUGACCCGCAAGGGACCAUGGGAAGGAUACAGAGGGCAGGCGAAGUCUCCUUCAUGCCUUCCUUUGUGCGCACAUCUUCAUCGAGAGAGAGAUACGUCUGGGUACGAGGCAGUCACAUCUUCAUGUCCUGCAUAUUAUGUCCUCGUGUCCCAUAGCUUACAUCUCCAUGCCCUGUAUCUUUAAGUCCCCAUGCCUCAAGUCCCUGUACACUCAUCCUAAUGUCCCCAUUCAUGUCCUAGUUCCAGUUUUAGUAAAAGCCAUGACUUUCACAUGUUCAUUUCUUUCUAACAGGACCUGAACCCAAAUGUUGAAGCAAAGCUUUCAUUUUUGCUUAAAUUUGUGCAGAAGAGUAUUGAAGAAGACAAGGAAAGAGAGGAAACAUCAUUUACUGAGGUCGGUUUAUAAAAGCUGGCGUACAUACGACAUACAUUUUUUGCGUAUGAAAAAAAACCAACAUGUUUUUGAUAACUAAAAUGUAUUUUGUUGCUUAUGAUUGAUACUGUUUUAUGCAUUGUGGUAUUUCUGUGAGUUACGGGGCUUGAGCCAACUUACGUUUUGUUGACGCCUUUUACGUCUUGGUAUUUGCAAUUAUUUCGUUAACCACAAGCUCUAAUUUUCACUUUGGCUCAGCAACAAUCCAACUGACUAAAGUUACGAGAAAAUCGGCAACAAAAACAUGCAACUUGUUUUGCAACAUUGCUGCAAAGGGAGUUGAAUAGCGAUGCUGCGCGUUUUACCACUCAUCAAUCAAACCUGUCUUGUAACAAAUCAGGCUGUUUCUGGUUGUGUAACGUUUGUGCAGAAACUAAAAAGUAGUUCUACUUUUUGAAACAAAAUCUGUGCAAUCUGCCCGUUUUGUUUUGCCACCAGUGACGUAACUCCCGUAUCAGUAGUCAGUGUUCACGUAACUUUCACGGUACGGUUUGAACGCACGAAGAUAUUAGCUUGUUAGCUACUCCAAAAUUCGAGUUUAAAUAAAGUUUUAUGUUAUGUUAUGUGUGGUAAAACUCCAACUCGCUUCGCAGCAAUGUUGCAAAACAAGUUGUACUUUUUUGUUGCCCGUUUUCCGUAGCUUAAGAUUCAGAAUUGCCCUUACUUAGUGAAAUUUUAGGGCCAGUCAUUUAAAUGGAGUUUAGCUAGUGUUUAACAAAACCGCGUUCUAAACCAUGUUCAGUUUGCCGAACGCUUUUAUAUAAACACGAUUUAUCGUGAACAGUUUCAUGAGAGCAUAUGGCGUAGACUAGAAAAGCAUUUGUCUUCUUAAAAUAACCCACUAUGCACGAGAUUUAGAAGUCCAAAGAUUACCUAAACCGCGGUCUAAGUUAGACUUCGUUUAAAUAACCGACCCUUAAAGUUUUAUCCUGCAGGAUGCUGCUUGUGACGAUAAGCUUGUUAUUAAAAUGAAGACAAAAUUGAAUGCAGGUGUGCCGUUUGUUUGGGAAUUUCACUGUUCAGUAGGAGAGAAGACCAUGGUGAGUAUCUACCUUAAUUUGUAAAGUUGGUUUGUUGCAGCCUCGUUCCCAGUCGUCCCGUCAAGUUUGUCUCCUGAAGUCGCGCUAUCGCGGUUUAAUAUCGCGGUUGGUGCCAAGCGUCCUCCGCUUACUCGGUUAGCGCAAAAUGGCCUUGGGACGAGGCUGGUAUUUUUGAAAUUUUGGAGCGUUGAAGCAGUAUUGAAAAAAUAUAUAAUAUUCUUGUGCGUGGAAACUAGUUUUUGCGUCAUAUAUACGCGUUUUUGUCCUUGUUUGAAAUAAUAGAGCUAGGUACCUUAUUCUCCUUUAUUUUCGCGGGACUUAAAUUUAGCGAAAAUUUUCUCCGCACAUUUCGCGAGUCUUGUGUUUGCAGGGAAUUUAAUUUCGCGAAAUAGACGAUUAAGUGACUUUAUUUUUUCUUUUUUACAAAAAUUGUACGUUAAUCAACAAUUGAAACAAAACCAAUAUGCUGUCCCUUAGCGACAGCCGUAUUCCUCUAAAAGUCAGUCUUACAGUAAUAAAAGAAAAUCUUCUUGUUCUUCCGAGUCAUCAUCGAGUAUCGAGAGUAUCGUUACAUGUCCUUUCCAGGAGAUCUUAAUGGAACCUUCAGUCUCUUCAAAUGGAUUCUCAGGGGGAAGACUAAACGAUUCAUCUAAUAGUUGGGCGAUGCCAGCCUUUUCCCACCCUUUAGCGAUGUGACAAUUUUUAAAAUUUUUAAAACUUAACUAGUGAGCAGCACUCUGCAAACUGUUGCUGUAAAACUUAUUUAUUCUCCUGCCCGUUUCGUCUAACUAACGUAGACUUCUUCAGGGAGUUUUUCAAUCAAGUACUAAACGCCUGUAUUAAAGCCAUAAUAUGACUAAAAAUAAUGAUGGUAAGGUUUGGCCGGAUUUACGAAAAGGAACAGGCGCAGCUGUGAAAUUUUUUUACGCAAGGCGUGAGAAAACUUUGGGGCCACGGUUUUAACUAAAAUUAGUAAUAAACAAGUGAACAAGUAAACAAAACAAGCGAGUGCUGCUCACUAGUUUAGUUUGAAAAAUCAGUAAAAAUUGUAAAAACUAACAUCUAAAGUUGAUAGAUGAUAGCUCCUUGUACUAACACCUUGUGUUUGUUUAGGACCCUUGAAAACACAAAUACAUGAUUUUCUAUGUCCAUUAAAUUUCGCGAGAUCAAAGUUCGCGGUCGUUAUUUUUCGCGGGUCUUUAAGUUCGCGAAUUUUUUAAAAUCGCGAAAAUCGCGAAAUUAAGAACCCGCGAAAAUUAAGGAGAAUAAGGUAUUUAUUAAAGUGUUAAACAGGGAAGGAAACUCAACAAGCGAAUUGUGGGGGAGGGGGCAAGGGGGGAUUUGCCAGCUUAGAAAUCAAGUUUGCACUAAAGCGCCAUUCCCUCCUGCUUUACUGAUCACACAAGAGCUGUUACGUUCUUUGAAGAAAGCACUUUUCUGAGUGUCAAUGUGUUUAGCACGAAAGUGAUAAUUUGUAAAAACUAAUGAAGUAAAGUUCCGACGUUUCGGCGACAUCAUGAGGCCUUUAUCAAGGAAUGGAAAUAAAUGCGAGUUCGAGACGAGUUAAAGUACUCUAAAUUUGCAUGAAUGAACACUGCUAGAUUAAGACUUUUGCACGGAUUGAAUCCGUUUGCAUGUUCAAAGAUGGUCUUAAUAGACUUUUUUACCGAUACGGCGGCCAUAUUGAAUUAAUUCGAUUUAAGGAGUAUUAUAGGAUGCCCAGGGGGCAUGAGCACAUUUCGUUUGUAUUUUCGAGCGCUUUUCGGGACAUUUUUUCGUAAAGUUUCUUAGAAUAAGAUUGUAAUGGGAAAAAAGAUCCUUGUGCAGUGUUUGGAUGUAAUAAUGAUCGCCUUUUUCCCAAGAAAUAUACAGUGAAAGACCAUAUUUCUAAUACUAAACUAGAAAAAGACGAUCAUGGUACAUCCAAACACGGCACAAGGAUCUUUUUUCUCAUUACAAUCUUAUUCUAAGAAAACUUUAAGAAAAAUGUCCCGAAAAGCGCCCAAAAAUACAAACGAAAUGUGCUCAUGCCCCCUUGGGCAUCCUAUAAUACUCCUUAAAUUGAAUUAAUUCAAUAUGGCCGCCGUAUCGGUAAAAAGGUCUAUUGUUUGAUGUAAAGGACAUGGUCAUUUCCCGCCACUUCUGCCGAACAACUCGAAGGUUGCUGACCAGCAGCCAUCGCAGGCUUCUGCAGAAAUGGCGGGAAAUGAGGUGACCAUGAGGGUAGUCAUACCCUUCAAGGACCGGGAUUCGGCAAACGUUGUUAACACUUAGUAUUUGUGAGAAAGAAAAUUGGCCAGGACCUCCACGAAAGUGAGACAAACAACAACUGGUUAAUCAACAGCGCGUAGUGUACCAGUUUCAAUGUAACCUGUGCGAUACAGGUAGCUAUGUUGGUUAUAACCGUAGGCAUCUUUUUACACGCGUGGAUGGCCACAAAAGUAAACCAUCUUCUGUGCGCAAACGCUAUAAUAAACACCACGCGGGCGCCGUCCCUGAGGACCUCCUGAACGUGCAAACGGAUUCCACCCGCGAUCCGUACUAAAGUCUUUGUCUAGCUGUGUUCAUUCAUGCAAAUUUAGAGUACUUUAACUCCUUUUGAACUCGCAAAUAAUUGAUAAUGGCGCCAUGAUGUCGCCGAAACGUCGGAACUUUAUUUCGUUAGGUUUUACAUGUUUAUGUUUCUCCAAAUCGUUAUUAAUUAAAGGACCAAUUGAGGACACUAUUUUUCAUCUCCUACUGGAGACGGGACCGCCAUUUUAUGUGGUCAUCCGAACCACGCGAGGGUCUAGCCGUUUACAGGGCAAAGGCGGAACUGACUUUCAUUUCUCAAUCUUAAAAGGCCUUGAGUAUUGGUCCGGCCCCUCCGGGGGAUCGAACCCGCGAUCACCCUCUCUGGAGAAAAUCGGCUUACCGGGGUGAAAAGGUAAUUGGGACCUUAAACAAGAUCGACGGCGACGGCAGCGAAAACAUCGCCCAAAAAGUGAAUUCUCGUUCAUUCAAUCUUCAUCGCGACAGUUCCAACUAACUUACUUUGUCAAAUUUAGGCGAACUCUCCUGGCGUUGAAUUCCUAAAAACCAUAUCCAAGUGGCUUGUUUAAGUCCUCCAUAAAACGUGAACUUAGGCAUUUUCACGUCGUAGUCGUGCUCGUGGCCGUGCUGUGACGGCAAAGAAAUGUACAAAAAAGCGUGAUGCAAGUGCAAAGUAGUUGUUUUGCUAAUCCUAACCUAUUGUUUUUUUGACGUUCCAGUUGCCGUCGCCGUCGCCGCAUCUUAAGAUCCCUAAUAGGGAGCCUAAGCAACGACGACGGCGACGUCAACGAGCGCGGCAUAAAAGCAAUCGGUUUAGAUUGGCAAAACAACAACUCUGCACGUGCAUCACGCUUUUUUGUACAUUUCUUUGCCGUCACAGCACGACCACGAGCACGACUACGGCAUGAAAAUGCCUAAUUUCACGUUUUGUGGAGCACGUGAACACAAGGCAACGACUUUCUUCUUCUCUUUCUGAACUUCGGUACAGUCUUUUAGAACUCACCUCCAGAAAAAAUUGCCAACAUUGAACAAAUUGAAUGAGAUAGAAUAAGCGCGAUAAAGUUUGAAGCAACGCGGCUUCCUUUUUAAGUGACGUUUUCGUACCCGUCGCUGUCGUUGUUGCCUAAGCUCCCUAAUAUAAAAGCUCGCGCACUUUAAUUAUCUCAUAUGCAACCUUGUCUCACGUGAAAUACAUAACUAGCGAGUACUUUUGAAUCUAAAUUAUGUUUUUUCCUGCUUUUAUUUAAGGUUGGAUCGCAUCUUGUACAGCCAAUGAUAGCCAUGAUAGCUGAAUUAAACAGAAGACAGGCUGAACUUUUUACACUGCUGAGAAAAAAAGACCUGGAGAUCAUGGAUUAUAAGGAGUCGGGAGUCAGGUUAUCAAGAAGUAAGAAUACCUUAUGUUUCGCUAUUUUUGUGCUUUGGAGAAAGAAAGCGCAAAAUGUUUAAGUCCUGUAAUUCUGAACUUCUGUACAGUUGUUGUUUUACUAGCUAACUCGCAAAAUUUCCCCCUUUUGAGCUAAUAUCAAACCUUUAAGCGGAAAUUUGCCUUUAAUUGUGUUCACCUGUUGUUUUCAUCGUUUUUUUUUCAAAUGGCUCAUUAGUCAGUGUGCUAAUAGCGUUUGCAUAUCUCUAUUCGUUUGACUAAGGGUGAGUUAGAACAAUAAGGUGGAAAGUACCAAGAGCUUAUAUAUGUUACAUCGCUAAGCUAAGGGUGAAAAAGUACACUUUAAGUCAGCCAUGUUGGUUUUUCAUAGUUAUUCCGUCUUUAAUUACGGCUAAAUGUGUUUUAAAACAAAAUAUUCAAGUACCUCCCUGCUUUGAAUACUGAGUACAGUGAUGCUGAUUUUAAUGAGUUCAGUGAUUCAUGGUGACCCUUAAAAUUAUAUACAACAUUGUCCAUUUCUCCUGAAGAUGUAUUCUUGUUAUUUAAGCUCCCGAUUUUAAGUGCCGACGGUAUACAAACUUUAUAAAAGUUUGGUAUUUUGUAUUCUCUCCUUUAAUUUCUCCAGUGAUGGCAAUUUUCUCUUCUUCUCCUCCUUUCACUAAGUUUAGUUUAAUAAAAAUCUAACAGUACCUAAUUCAUUCUUCAGAAAGCCUUGGAACCUCAGAAUUUGACGAGAAUGCCUUUAACAGCAAGAUGAUUCUUUCACAGGUACUUACAGCUAACUCUGAUUUUUCAGUCAUGUUGCUGUUUUGAAAAACUGAACUAAAGCUCUAUUUUUUGUGACUCUCCUGCUUUUAAAUGUUGAAACCCUUCCUUACGCACACCUUGUUCCAGAUUUUUUCUUCGAAAUGUCAUCUGAAAUUGUUCUUUACUUUAUAUGACUCCAACGUUUGUUAGUUUAUAUUUUUUCAAAUUUUGAUUUAUAACACAACUAGAAUAUUCGCCAAAUCAAAUUCAACAGCGCGAGCGUGCUUUAUUUAAGCAACAGAAAACGUUUCCCGUGUUUGCAUAGCCUGAUAUAAACACGAGAGGGGUUGGGAGAAUUCAAGACAGUAAUACAAACCCGGGGGAUGCCCAUUACCCGAUUACCCUGACACGUGAUUAAACAAAGCGGGCUCUCGCUGCGCGGUCGUCACGUACCCGUAUAAAUAAGGUGUUGUUUUUUCAAAAUGAUGGAUUAACUGAGUUAUUAAUUAUUUUGUCUUUAUAAUGAUUUGCCCGCAAUGCCUCGUUUCAAAAGAUCUUAACGUAAAAGUUCCUUUGAAUUUUACAAAUGAAAUUGAGGCAUUUUCCAAAUAUCGCAAACGUCUUCCAAAUGUGAUCAACGCUAGGUUGUUAUGAAGAAUUUGCCGUGGGAUUUGAGCCAUUCAGAAAAGCGGAAAUAUUUUGAAUUGAAUAUCAAAUAAGGUUUAUUAUAAUCUGUAUUGAGAAGCCACUGAUUUUUAAAACAGAAAAGCUAACGCAAUGUCCAUCCAUGCCAUUAGGGUUUCGAGGAUGCAGUGAAAGAUUCUGUAACAAAAGGGUUUGACGACGCUUCAUGUGAAUUGUACAAACAAGUCAUGAUCAAGAAGGCCUGGUUAGCGGAAAAAGAUCUUCCAGGUGAUGUUUUCAUUGGAUCAGUGUAUAAUAAUUUAUUUCCAAUUGAUGUCUGAAUUAAAUCAAUAACGCUUCCAAGGAGACUUAUACGGUUCUCUGAUUUGAUGAGAAAAAUAUGUCACUUCGCACUAAACGAGGAGGGCAUUGAUACCGCCGUCAACAAUCGGAAUAAGCUUUUUAUUCACGUUGCUGACAGCCACGCUCCAAUAAGAUAGAUUAGCGCAAAAGCUUAAGUCUUGCAGGUCCUAUAUCUUGUCAAUGCCUACGGUAAACCCCGAGUCCGCUCCGUGAAUUUAAUUUCGAGCCAAUUACUGAAGACUUUCUUCGUCAGCUAAAAGAAAGAUUCAGCCUCAGUAAUCAGUGCCAGUCUAACUAGAUUAUUCAAUCUCUAUCUUGAAACUUGCACCUUCCCCUCCAUUUGGAAAUCUGGAAAAGUGCGAUGCAAACACAACCUCGUCCCCAGAGCUCCAAAGCCAGGGAAAAGUGCCCUGGGGACGAGGUUGCUGCAAACAACCACAGGCCCAUUACUGUUCUGCCAACCAUAAGUAAAAUCCUAGAAAAAGUGGUCUACACCCAAAUAUACGGUCAUCUUAGGAACAAUGAGAUUAUUACUUCCAAACAAUUUGGGUUUAGACCUAAGUUAUCAACGGGGACAGCCUUGGCUCAUUUCAGACAACAUCCUUCAGAAUAUGGACACUGGCAGUUUGAAAGGAGCUGUUUUUCUGGACCUCUCUAAGUCCUUCGAUACAGUGGAGCAUCACUUGCUAUUACAGAAGCUGACGAACACAGGUCUUAUCUUCGCUACCACCUGGUGGUUUAGAUCGUAUCUCACAAACAGGUCAUAGAUCACAUCAGUUGGCAAUGCGCACUCUGCACCGACCGAAGUGCUUGUCGGUGUACCUCAGGGUACCGUAUUGGGACCUCUACUGUAUUUGAUCUAUGUAAAUGAUCGGAUUGUCAUUUGGCGAGCGAUAUUAUUCUUUAUGCGGACGAUACUGUAAUAUAUUAUUCAUCCAAAAACGUCAGUGAUCUUGAAAGUCGCACUAAUGCAUACUUACAAACGGUGUCGGAGUGGUUCUCCAGAAAUCUCCUUACUCUAGUACAUAUCGAAAUGUAAUUUUGUCAUCUUUAAAAGUCAUCAAAAACUGAAUCGUAUUCAAGACUUUUCGGUUAAAUUAGAAGGCACUUGUAUUGAAAGAACAGAGUCAUUUAAAUAUCUAGGUGUUACACUUCACCAAUCUGUAUCCUGGGCAGACCAUGUCGAUUCUAUAAGCGUGAAGAUUAAUCAGACGAUAGGCUUAAUUAGAAGAAUCAGGAAUCUAUUGCCGCUACAAACAAGAAUUAGCCUUUACAAUGCCCUAAUUCUCCCACUAUUCGAAUACCGUUAAAUAAUACAAUACAGAAUUACAGAUCCUCCAGAAUAAAGCUGCGAAAGGUCUUCUGGGACACUCACCCCGAACAAUUUCGCCGAAAUCGCCAAUUUUCGCCAAAAUCGUCACUCUCCAAGGAGCCACUUUUGGCGUCCAAUUUGAAUUGCCAGCCCUCUGGCGAUCUUUCGCCAUUUUCGCCAUUGCGUGCGUUUCCGACAUAAGUGACACCGAAGCUCGUCACUCUACUUGCAGCCCGCCUUUUGUCUUAAAAUCAGUCUAGUUCUUAUCUCAGCCAGCGCGAUUGCAAACCACGACGUUACGUUACAAUAAGGGAUUGGUACGAGACGAGAAAAGGUGUCUUACGCUCGCGGGUUUUGGGACAAACAGCAAUCUGCGUUCUUUUUUCUUCAGGUGGAAUGGCCGAUGAAUGCAAGAGAUUCCAUAGCCGCCUCGCAGAGCUACUUGCGUUAAAGAAAGGAGAUGACUACGCUACAACCAUAUCUUGGAUAAGGGCGAAAGUAUCCUUUGCCAUCUUACGAUCAGCCUUGCUGUGUCUCAGAGGAACCAGGAGCAAGAGAAGAGCAGCCAAUAUAUCUGACAUUGACAUUACAUCGGAAAGUGCGCAAGCCAGAAUUUAAGUAGUAACUUUUUAUCAGUUUGAAUUAUUAUUUUUAAAUAGUUUUUUUUUUUUUUUUAUCAACUUUUGAUCCUUUUUAUAAUUGUUAUUAGUAGUCUUUAGAUAGUCAUUUUACAACAAUUCUCUUUCGUAGACAAGAAAAAUGUACAUAGGGUAUAUAUUUUAAUAUUUCAUAUUCUUGAAUCUGUAAAUGACAUUUUUGGCUGACGCCCUCGUUUAUCGCGGCUCUCGUGCUUGGGUUUCGCGUUCAGUAACUUUGCAGAGAAAAAUAAGAGACUGCUCUCAGCCCAUCAUUCUCUAUAAUUAAGAGAAAUUUUCUUGUUACACUCUCGUGAUCACCUCUAUACAUUCUGUAUUUCAAAAGAGGACGAUGUGUAAACCGCUGACCAUUCCUGGACAUAUUGAAUUCUGCAAAGCUGAUCGUACUUCGUGAAAGUUCAUGUUCAUGUCAAAGUUCAUGUCAGUUGACCAUUCCUAACUCCAAAAUCCAACUUGAAUCCUAACUCGAAAAUCCAACUCGAAAAUCCAACUCGAAUCCUAACUCGAAAAUCCAGCUCGAAACCUAACUCGAAAAUCCAACUAGAAAAUGCAAUUCGAAUCCAAACUCUAAAAACCGACUCGAAAAUCCAACUCGAAUAUUAACUCGAAUCCUAACUCGAAAAUCUAAAUCGAAAAUCCAACUCGAAUCCUAACUCGGCAAAUAGAUAUCCUCGUCACUUUCAGUUUGUGGCUCAGUCGGACGGUCGGAAUGUUAAAUGUUGAAAAAAAGACUAUUGGCGUAUUUUGUCAGGUUCCCACCAGUUUGCAGUAACCAGUGUGAAGCAAGGUGUGUACUUUGGAUGCUUGCGUUUCACCUGGGUCACAUAAAAAUGUCCGUUAUAAGUAGUGGCCGGUGUCUGCAUUAAAUUUCAAUAAAAUAAGAGAAAACAUGAUCUUUUCUUGGGAACCUCCUGCCCCUUAUAAGCGGGUGUCCUAACAGAGCGGGGUUCCUGUAGUUGUACCUCAGUGAGAACCUUUAUGGUGUUCCUCCUUUAGAGCCGGAUGAUGAUGAUGAUGAUGACGACGAUGAUGAUGAGCUUUAUGGAUCAGUAGCGUACGGAGCAGUGGGGGGUCCCAGUGCCCCUUCAUGGACCGAUCUGCCUCCACCCUCCCUUCUAGGAAAAGACGAUGAAUCCUACACCACGUCACCCAAGCGAUCCCCUAGAAAGACACCUGUUACGUCACCUUCGAAGUCUGGAAUGUCGUCACCGGCUGGUUCACCUUCUAAGGUACGAAACUGGAAAAUAAUAGAUGAGCAGUAGUAAUGCUUACUGACAUAUGACCAAUUUACAUUCCACUAUCAUAGACUAAAAUUUUGAUGAAAUAAAAAUAUUAAAAGACCCUAAAAUACUAAUUUAAAAGCUCACGCCAUUAUCACUUUCUAAACUAUUAGCGGAUCCCCUUCCCCUGUCUACCUCCACCCCCCCCCAGUUUAUUUCUUGUAAUGGUUAUGAAGCUACACACGCUUGGCUUCGCAAUGCUUACUGCUUGGCUCUCCAUUCUGUGUUUACUUUUAUUACCUUCCAGUGUGGCCCGGGGUCAAAUCCCGGCGUCGACGCCAUAUAUGGGUUGAGUUUGUUGUUGGUCCUUCCUUUGCGGCGAAAAGUUUCCUCCGGGUACUCCUGUUUUCCCCUCUUCACUAAAACCAACAUUUCCAGAUAUCAAUUCAAACAGGAACAGCAGACGAAGAACCGCUAUGUGUAUGGUUGUGCUACCUCUAAAUUGUUAUUUAUUUUUAUUUUAUAUAUUCAUGGAAGCAAAGCUUGUACGCUUGGUUUAAACAGGUUACGACACGUUUUAGGCCACACUCAUCUUAACCAUCAGAAAGGUGGAAACGCCCAAAUGUAGCGCUGCCUGUCUUGCAUAUUAUCAUACCCUUUUUGUCUUUUACCCAGGACAUGGAGCUUCAAAGACGAGAAGCAUUGCAGAAAAAAUUAGCCGAGGAAGCUGAACGAAAGAAGAGGAAAAAACGCAAGAUAAACUUGUGAUUAAAUCUCACUUCUUGCAAUUUUUAGUUAAGUUUACAGCUAUCAUGAGUUAUGCGGAACUGUGCUUAUACGGUACGUACCUUUCCCCACCAAAUUAGUUGCUUAUCAAGAGAUUUUGCCAGUACUUUAAUUAUCGGUGAAAAAAAUAAAAGAAAAGUUUAUAAUAGUGCGUUUUAAUUGGGGUGACUUACAUGUAAUUGUGGUUCUACUUAUCUAUGAUUUGUUGACAGUUGUAUGACAUGUUUCACUAUCUUGGUUUCGGUUUUUCGAAGUGCCUUCCUAUGCAACUUUUUGUACAAUGUUUAUUGAACGUGUUUUUCAGUUAAGAUGUGCGUCAUAAAAUAUUUUACAAGAUUACUGCCCUCAUACAAAGGGAAAGACAGUUCUGCAUUAAGCUGUAAAAACAACGUAGGGAAUAAAAGCCAUCGUUGAAAGCAACAACUUCUUUUAACUUAGCACGAAAAUUCACUCGUAAGUCACAUCUUCCUUUAGAUUUU